GAUUGGCCGGGUCGCCUCACGUGACUUCGCCUAGCGGUCGCGGUUGCCGGGGUGACGGCAGGCGAGCUGGCGGUCUGGAGGAGUGAGAACAUAGCCCCGCAAGCAGAGAUUUCUGCUGUGAGAAUUACCAGUAACCGUUCACUAUGGGGGAUAUCCUGGCUCAUGAAUCUGAAUUACUUGGACUAGUGAAAGAGUAUUUAGAUUUUGCUGAAUUUGAAGAUACCUUGAAGACAUUUUCAAAAGAAUGCAAAGUAAAAGGAAAGCCAUUGUGUAAAACUGUCGGUGGGUCAUUAAAGAAGGACUCCAGGUCCCUGGUAGUGCAGAAGGACUUGGUGGCAGCAUUUGACAGUGGAGACCAGAAGGCCUUUUUUGAUCUGUGGGAGGGACAUGUUCCCAGCUCCAUCAGAGAUGCUGACCCUCUGGCCCAGAAGCUGGAAUUCUACCUUCACAUCCACUUCGCCAUCUUCCUUUUCAAGUACUCUGGAGGCAGGCCGGACAAACAGGAGCUAGAUAAGAGGAUUUCUUAUUUUAAAACCUACCUGGAGACAAAGGGGGCCGCUCUGAGCCAGACUACGGAGUUCCUUCCCUUCUAUGCCCUCCCGUUCGUGCCCAAUCCUGUGGUCCACCCCUCAUUUAAAGAACUCUUCCAGGAUUCUUGGACUCCAGAAUUAAAGCUGAAGCUGGAAAAGUUUUUAGCUUUAAUUUUUAAAGCCAAUAACACACCAAAGCUUUUAACCAUCUAUAAGGAGAGUGGACCAAAUAGCAAAGAAAUGCUACAGCAGCUCCACCAGCAGCUGGUGGAGGCCGAGCGCCGGGCCAUGACCUACCUGAAGCGGUACAAUAAGAUCCAAGCCGACUACCACAACCUCAUAGGCGUCACAGCUGAGCUGGUGGAUUCUCUGGAGGCCACAGUCAGUGGCAAGAUGAUCACCCCUGAGUACCUGCAGAGUGUCUGCGUCCGCCUCUUCAGUAACCAGAUGCGGCAGAGCCUGGCACACAGCGUGGACUUCACGAGGCCUGGCACGGCCUCAACCAUGUUACGAGCUUCCUUGGUACCUGAGAAGCUGAAGGAUGUCCCAUUACUGCCCUCCCUGGAUUAUGAGAAGCUGAAGAAGGAUUUGAUUUGGGGGAGUGACCGCUUGAAAGCCUUCUUGUUGCAGGCUCUGCGCUGGCGCUUGACCACAUCCCAUCCUGGGGAGCAGAGGGAGACAGUCCUGCAAGCCUACAUCAGCAAUGACCUCUUGGAUUGCCACAGCCACAACCAGAGGAGCGUGCUGCAGCUGCUGCAGUCCAAGAGCGAGGCUGUGCGGCAGUACAUGGCCAGACUCAUCAAUGCCCUGGCAUCCCUGGCUGAAGGUCGCCUCUACCUGGCCCAGAACACAAAGGUGCUGCGGAUGCUGGAGGGCAGGCUCAAGGAGGAAGACAAGGAUGUCAUCGCUCGUGAGAAUGUCCUUGGGGCCUUGCAGAAGUUCAGCCUCAGGAGGCCACUGCAGACUGCGAUGAUUCAAGAUGGUCUCAUCUUCUGGCUGAUCGACCUGUUGAAGGACCCUGAUUGCCUGUCUGAUUAUACAUUGGAGUACUCUGUGGCUUUGCUCAUGAAUCUCUGCCUCCGCAGUGCAGGAAAGAACAUGUGUGCUAAGGUGGCAGGUCUCAUGCUGAAAGUUCUUUCGGAUCUCCUUGGACACGAAAACCAGGAGAUCCAGCCAUAUGUGAAUGGAGCCCUGUACAGCAUCCUUUCCAUCCCGUCCAUUCGCGAGGAGGCCAGAGCCAUGGGGAUGGAAGAUAUCCUGCGAUGCUUCCUCAAAGAAGGCAACGCCGAGAUGGUCCGCCAGAUAGAGUUUAUCAUCAAGCAGCUGAACUCUGAAGAUUUACUGGAUGGUGUUCUUGAAUCCGACGAUGAUGAAGAUGAAGAUGAUGAAGAGGAUCAUGACAUCAUGGAAGCCAUGGAAGCCGACCUGGACAAAGAUGAGCUGAUCCAGCCCCAGCUUGGAGAGCUCUCCGGCGAGAAGCUGCUAACCACAGAGUACUUGGGAAUCAUGACCAACACAGGGAAGGCACGGAGGAAAGGGCUGGCCAGUAUGCAGUGGAGUGGGGAUGAGCCCCUUCGUCGGCCAGUCACCCCUGGUGGCCACAGGACAGGGUGCCCAGUGCUAGGAGACCAUCUCAUUUCUCCCCAGAAUGCCCAACAAGCCAGAAACGGCUGCCUGCGGGCCAUGCCAGUCACUCAGCCAGAUAACUACAAAGAGGGAAAGCCUGGUGUUGCUGGGCGUGGUGCGUCCUCUUCAUCAGUUAUGGACCACAAGCCAAGAGAGUGGUCAUCAGCUGGACAUCAGGAGUCUCGCUGGGUUCCCACAGCAGCCCUCAGUUGGCCAAGGGAGAUGAUCCAGGACCCAAGCAGUGGACACAUCACCAGAUAACGUGGCAGCUCAAGAUACAGUAUUUAGCCCAUCCAGCUAAAAGGGACACUUUGGAAUCAGAAGCCAUGGAUAGCAGGACAGGGGAGCCCAGUCUCUGGGUGCACACAUGUGGACUGUUGGUAGCCAUGAGACACCUGCCUUCACCCAGCGUACUUUCUUCUCUUCUGUUCCCCACCGAUCUCCACCACUGUCUAGGUGUCAUUAUUCUCAGGACAAAGCGUCUGUAGCAGCAACCAAGAGCCGGUUCCAAACGUAGUUAGUAAGCAGAGAGCGGCCCCUAAGCACCUCUUUUGUGCCUUCGUGUGUAAGGAGAGGACACGGGAUCCUCUGCCGGGGUGCUCAGCUGCUGGGGUGACUCAGCAGCAUUCCAAACACAAGUGAAGAUGCAAUCUCUCUGGUGUCUUGUAUUGCUCUUCUCUGCCAGCAACAAUGUCCCUAUUGAUCAGCUGGCGUAAAGCAGCACCCUAAUAAAUCCCUGCCUAUCUUCGGGGCACCUCCCAAUGAACACAUAACGUCAAACUGCCAUGUGUUCCUGAAGCAAAUGACUUUCUGAAGGUCCUGGGUGAGUGACCUCCUGGACUUCCUUUCGGCCUGUCCACUCUCAUGUACCCUCGCCUGACUGUUCUCUAUCCACCCAGGGCCAUUUCCCGGCUCCAGCUCUGACUCUAAGCAGCUAGCUCACCAUCCUGGGGAGCAGAGCCCAGAGGCUGCUCUGCUGUUUGGCAGUGCCCUCUCCAUCACCCCUGCAGAAGUCAAUGACAACUCCUUGCCAACACACCCUCCUCCUGAAGCACCAGCCAAGACUUGGAGAGCCUUGGCAUUAUGGGGGUGGGGGGUUGGGGGGAGGGUCUUGGGUGCUACCAAGGGCUGCCUCCCAGUUGCUCAGGCAGGACUUCAGUCCUCCUCAGCUAGUGGGACGAGACAGCCAGAGGGAGCUCCUGCCUGAGGAGUGUCUCUCCCUGACCCAGGAAGGGUCAUGAGCUGCUAAGCAAGGAGGUCCGAUGGCUCAUACAAUGUGAGUCAAAGCUCUUCCAAAAGACAACAUUACACGUACCUAGAGAGAAAGAUUUAAGAUGUGGGCCCUUCUGACUGUAGAGGCUUUGUGGAUUAAGACUGCAGUGGGGCCUGCGGGAGAUCCAGGGAGGGACUGAGUUCUGUCCAAAGGCUUCCUGCUCACAUCCGUACUUUUACUGGCAGAAGGUCAUCCCUUGUUAUCCAGGCGCCCAACCAAUUAGUUAACUAAGUCCCUGCAGAUAAGUUCCAAUUUGAUUCAGUAGGGGCAUCUGCUUUAAUCCCACUAGACUGGGGAAACCCAAAUCCUAUCCUCAAGCCCAUUUGACACGGAGAAACAACCACCUCCUCUGAAUCCUCCCGUGGAAGGCCAGUGUCCUUUCCUGUCGGGCUGGGGCACAGCUCUCUGCACCCUGAUGUCUGGGUCCUUCUCUCCUUUCUCCAUGUCUUCUGCCGAUCACCUCUGCUGACCCCUGGCUCCACUCGCCAGUAUUGACCUCACAGCGCCAAUACUGGCCAGGCUCAGCGGCCGUUGAGGACUGGCUCCAGACUGGCUGCCUGCACUGGCCAGUCUGCCUCCGGACUAGACUGAGGACAGGUCCAGGAGCGCAGCA